GCACUUGAUUUUUUUUUUUUUUUUUUUUAAUUCCUCCUUUAGCCCUUUCCACCUUCCACCUCCCCCUUCUUUUCCCAGGUUGAUUUUUUUCCCUCUUCUCUGGGCUUGCCCAUGAGCCUCCUCGGGAGCUACCGGAAAAAGACCAGCAACGAUGGUUAUGAAUCUUUGCAGCUGGUGGACAGUAAUGGGGACUUAAGUGCUGGGAGCGGCGGGGGUGGCAGCAAGCAGAGAGUGAACGCCGGGGCGGCGGCGGCGGCGCGGAGUCCUGCCCGGCAGCCUCUGGACCACGCCAGCACCAUGGACAGCUCAGGUGCCUCAUCUCCAGACAUGGAGCCCAGCUAUGGGGGAGGUCUCUUUGACAUGGUGAAAGGAGGUGCAGGAAGGCUUUUUAGUAACCUAAAGGACAACUUGAAAGACACCCUCAAAGACACAUCGUCUAGAGUUAUACAAUCUGUUACCAGCUAUACAAAGGGAGAUUUAGACUUCACUUAUGUUACCUCCAGAAUUAUUGUGAUGUCCUUUCCUCUGGACAGUGUUGACAUAGGAUUCAGGAAUCAGGUUGAUGACAUUCGAAGCUUUUUGGAUUCCAGACAUCUUGACCACUACACAGUGUACAAUCUGUCACCCAAGUCUUAUCGAACUGCCAAGUUUCACAGCCGGGUCUCAGAAUGCAGUUGGCCCAUCAGGCAGGCUCCCAGUCUGCAUAACCUCUUUGCUGUGUGUCGGAAUAUGUAUAACUGGCUGCUACAGAAUCCCAAAAAUGUCUGUGUUGUCCACUGCUUGGAUGGACGGGCAGCAUCAUCAAUUCUGGUUGGUGCUAUGUUCAUUUUCUGUAAUCUCUACUCUACUCCUGGCCCAGCUGUUCGAUUGCUAUAUGCAAAGCGUCCAGGAAUUGGACUUUCACCAUCCCACAGGAGAUACCUGGGAUAUAUGUGUGACCUACUAGCAGACAAACCCUACCGCCCUCACUUCAAGCCUCUCACGAUUAAGUCAAUCACUGUCAGUCCAAUACCUUUUUUUAACAAACAGAGAAAUGGGUGUCGUCCUUAUUGCGAUGUACUGAUUGGAGAAACCAAAAUAUAUACCACUUGUGCAGAUUUUGAACGAAUGAAAGAAUACCGUGUCCAAGAUGGAAAAAUCUGCAUUCCCUUGAACAUCACUGUGCAAGGAGAUGUAGUCGUUUCCAUGUAUCACUUGAGGUCAACCAUUGGAAGCCGGCUGCAGGCUAAGGUAACCAACACGCAGAUAUUCCAGCUUCAAUUUCAUACUGGAUUUAUACCACUGGACACAACAGUUUUAAAGUUCACCAAGCCUGAGUUAGAUGCAUGUGAUGUACCAGAAAAAUAUCCUCAGCUAUUCCAGGUGACACUGGAUGUAGAACUGCAGCCCCAUGACAAAGUGAUAGACUUAACCCCACCAUGGGAACAUUACUGCACAAAAGAUGUCAAUCCCAGCAUCCUCUUCUCUUCUCAUCAGGAGCAUCAAGAUACGCUGGUCUUAGGAGGACAGGCUCCAAUAGAUAUCCCUCCGGACAACCCCAGGCAUUUUGGGCAAGGUGGCUUCUUUGCAUCUCUCUGUUGGCAAGAUCAGAAAUCAGAGAAAUCAUUCUGUGAGGAGGACCACGCUGCUCUGGUGAAUCAGGAAAGUGAGCAAUCAGACGAUGAGCUUCUGACCCUUUCCAGUCCGCAUGGCAAUGCCAACGGUGACAAACAUCAUGGAGCCAAGAAGCCCAGCAAAAAGCAGCAGGAGCCAGCUGCCCCUCCACCCCCUGAGGACGUGGACCUUCUGGGCCUAGAAGGGACUGCAGAGAGUAAGAACUUCUCUCCACCGGCGGCUCCUCCCAGCAAUUCUGAACUACUGAGUGACCUGUUUGGGGGUGGAGGUGCAGCUGGUCCUGCCCAGGCUGGACAGGCAGGGGUGGAAGACGUGUUUCAUCCUAGUGGGCCUGCGUCCACCCAGUCAACACCACGCCGUUCUGCCACCUCCACCUCCGCGUCUCCAACCCUAAGAGUGGGAGAAGGUGCUACCUUUGACCCAUUUGGAGCCCCUUCUAAACCAUCAGGUCAGGAUUUGCUCGGUUCUUUUCUGAACACAUCCAAUGCUUCCAGUGACCCCUUUCUUCAGCCUACGAGAAGUCCUUCACCAACAGUGCAUGCUUCUAGUACACCUGCUGUGAACAUUCAGCCAGAUGUUUCAGGAAGUUGGGACUGGCAUACUAAACCAGGAGGGUUUGGAAUGGGAAGCAAGUCCGCUGCCACCAGCCCCACAGGAUCGUUGCAAGGCACUCCCACACAUCAGAACAAACCCCAGACUCUGGAUCCUUUUGCCGACCUUGGGACACUGGGUAGUUCUUCAUUUGCCAGCAAACCCACCACACCAACUGGAUUGGGUGGAGGAUUUCCACCUCUCAGCUCGCCACAGAAAGCAUCUCCGCAGCCUGUGGGUGGAGGGUGGCAGCAAGGAGGUGGCUACAGCUGGCAGCAGUCACAGUCUAAGCCACAGCCCAGCAUGCCUCACUCCUCUCCCCAGAACCGACCCAACUACAACGUGAGCUUCUCAGCCAUGCCUGGAGGCCAGAAUGAACGUGGGAAAGGAUCAACUAAUCUGGAAGGGAAGCAAAAAGCAGCUGACUUUGAAGAGCUGCUUUCUGGUCAGGGUUUCAAUGCUCACAAAGACAAAAAGGGGCCUCGAACAAUAGCUGAGAUGAGAAAGGAGGAGUUGGCUAAGGAAAUGGAUCCUGAGAAAUUAAAGAUUCUAGAAUGGAUUGAAGGCAAAGAGAGAAAUAUUAGAGCCCUUCUCUCCACAAUGCACACUGUGCUAUGGGCUGGGGAGACCAAGUGGAAACCAGUUGGCAUGGCGGACCUGGUAACACCAGAGCAGGUGAAGAAGGUGUACAGGAAGGCUGUGCUGGUGGUGCACCCAGAUAAAGCUACUGGGCAACCUUAUGAACAAUAUGCAAAGAUGAUUUUCAUGGAACUAAAUGAUGCCUGGUCUGAAUUUGAAAACCAAGGCCAAAAGCCCUUGUAUUAAUUUAUGAGCUUUUCCAUUUCUGCUGCAGACCUGUGCUAAUGCUUAGUGUGCGUCAGAAUUCUGAGGUUUUCACAGAUGACCCAAAAACUCUAGUAACAUGUUUCCAGUACUAAAUUAUUAAAUUACUCGUGGAUUAAUUUCUCAUUGAUAAGGAAUGUGGAUGUUUGGUUUCUCAGUCCCCACCAUAAAAGGUCCAAAGCCUGAGAGGAACUUUUAGUGAGAUGAUCUUGUAGCAUUACAACAUUCCAGCCUGCCCUUUGGGGAGCCUACUCAGCAUUUUCUCUGGGGGAAAUGGAAAACAGAGGCCACUAAAGGUGGCAUAACACCCAUUUCAUUGUCUGAGAAUAGGAUUAAAAAGCAAAAGUUAUGGUAAUAGGAUUACAAAAUGGUUUUAAAUAAUCACUUUUAGGUUUUCUUGGAAAGAUAUUAUUUGAUCAAUGUCUUUAUACAGACUCCAGGAACACAACCACCACGUUUUUGUUUUUUUUUUAAAUAGAAAUUUACUGUGGUCUUUAGCAUAGUACCAUAUGUGUCGGUCAAGAGGACUAACAAAAGAACUUGAAUUGUGGGACAUGAUUAUACCACAAUCCAGUGAUUACCAACAACCUUUCCUGGAUAAGCUAAAAAUUAGUGGAAAUACUGACUAAAGAAAACAGGAACUCUGAAAAUGUAGAAAUCUUUCUUCCAGGUCACGAUGUUGGCCUGCUUCCUUCCCUUCCCUUUAGAAAACUGUGGUUGAUUAAAGAGAAAGUCUUAAUACCAUAAUAACAACUUCAAACCUGAUUUGAGAGAAACUUCCAACUUUGCCAUAAGGCUUAAUGCUCUUCUUUUUGUUUAGCCAAGAAAAUACCCUUAGCAUUCACAAUUUAUCAGGACUGAUAUCAAGUGUGGACUCAAGUUUUCUCUAGGUUUGUGAGUGGUUGUGGCAAGAAAAUAGAAGACAAUGCUGACUAGUAGUCAGAAAGGCACUGUUGCAGUGGGAGACCUGUGCUGACCUUCAGACCCAGUCAGAUGGCUCGUCAGUAUUUGCUUUGAGGAACCAGGUCCCCUCUCCCCACCCAGCAAAUCUGGACCCCUUGGAUCAUUACAGGGGGGUUUAUUGUAUUAAAAGUAGUUGGGGGUCUACAGGAACAACAAUUACACAGGGACAUUUGUGAAAGCAAAGCAAGAAUGAAACAUUUCCAGAUCUCAAACUGAUUAGAUUUCAGUACAGUAUUUUGGCUGGGUUUCAUUUGGAGGGGAAAGCAGUUUGCUAUCCUGAGACUUUAGUAGAUCUCUUUUGGUGUGCACAUACGCAAUGUACAUCCUAUAUAUACAAAGCAGAUGGGCAAAACGAUUUUCAUGCUAAUCUUAAAAGCUUCAUGCUCAAUAUUGUGAAAGCUUUCAAAAAUUGUUUUUAAAAGACAAUCAUUUUUUGUUUCUGUUUUAAUUUUCUUGUUAGCAAACUAUACUGGAAAAGCAGCAUGUCCAAAAUACUUUAGGUUCUAUACAGAUCUCUCUCUCUGUCUUUUUUUUUUUUCUUUUUCUUAUAGAGUGUCCGUAUUUAUUUUACCUUUUACUGACAAUGCGAAACUCACGGAAAAUGUUCUCUUUUUAAAUAUACAACCGUGAACUGUUCAAGGUAACCAUAACAAACUAGGUGUUAUUUAUUAACGUAUUAUAAAAUGUUUGAUCCAGUAUGUGCUUGUCUUAUUUAAAAUUGGAAUGUGAGACAUGUUGCUGUGACCUAUUUUUUUUCUCAUUCACAUCUGUAGAUAUUGUGUGAACUACAGUAUAUAACGAUAAUAAUUAAAAAGAUAGUAUGUGGAUGUCAUGUACAUUUUGAAAUGAUAGAACUAUAUUAACUUUGUAUCAUGUUUGGAUAAUACAUCAGUUUAAAAGAUCAUUAAGCAGUAUAUAAUUAGUAAUGAGAAAGAAUCUUACUUAAAUUUGGGGAUUCCCCCCCAUAUCUCUUUUCCUGACACAUUAUCAUUCUGGACCCCUAUUUGUCUUAAAACUCUUAACAUCUGCAGACCAACAGGUUUUCACAUUCCUUUUAAAUAUCUGGUUGUGACAGAGCUUGUUGUUGAUCAGAUUCACUGUUCCAUUCAUAAGUAUUGUAAUAUAUUUUUUGUUUUGUAAAUAUGUUACACACAACAAAAUGUGAUUGGUCUAAAAUAUUUGUAAUGUAUAUUAAAAGGCUCAAAAAUA